AUGGCGGCGACUGCUACAGCUACUGCUGCCUCACUCUACUCAUCUCGUGUCCAUCUCCAGAAACAGAGCAAGAGUCAUGGGUUUCCGGCGAAAUCCCCAAACUCUUUGCAAGUAGCCCAAAUCAUCGACGGGAAGAAGAUGAGAAAUGCCACUCUUCUCUCCGCUGCCUCCACCGAUAAAGCCGUCACCACCGGUCAGCCCGUUUCUCCCACCGCGUGUGAUAGAGUAAGGAGACACACAAUCUCGGUGUUUGUUGGUGACGAGAGCGGUAUCAUAAACCGAAUAGCUGGAGUGUUUGCUAGAAGGGGUUACAAUAUCGAGUCCCUCGCUGUGGGAUUGAACGAAGACAAGGCUAUGUUUACUAUAGUUGUUCUUGGGACAGACAAGGUCCUGAAGCAAGUAGUAGAACAGCUUAACAAACUCGUCAAUGUCAUCAAGGUGGAAGAUCUCUCCAAGGAGCCACAUGUAGAACGUGAGUUAAUGCUCGUUAAACUUAACGCUGAUCCAACCACACGCUCAGAGAUCAUGUGGUUGGUAGAUAUCUUUAGAGCAAAAAUCGUUGAUACCUCAGAGCACACUCUAACGAUCGAGGUAACUGGAGACCCUGGAAAGAUGGUUGCACUAAAGACGAACUUAGAGAAGUUUGGAAUAAAAGAAAUUGCGAGAACAGGGAAGAUUGCUCUGAGACGGGAAAAGAUGGGAGAAACGGCUCCGUUUUGGAGAUUUUCAGCGGCAUCAUACCCACAUCACAUUAAAGAAUCAUCUCAUGAGACUGUUGCAGAGAAAACAAAGCUAGGAUUAAAUGGAAAUGGAAAUGGCAAUGGCAAUGCAUCAUCUGGGGGUGACGUUUAUCCAGUGGAACUCUAUAACGAUUUCAAACCGGUCCUUGACGCUCAUUGGGGAGUGGUCUGCGACGAAGAUUCAAGCGGUUGCCGGUCCCACACGUUAUCUAUACUUGUGAACAACGCUCCCGGAGUUCUCAAUCUUAUAACCGGAGCUAUCUCCAGGAGAGGUUAUAACAUCCAGAGUCUAGCUUCUGGCCAUGCUGAGAAAGAGGGACUAUCUCGGAUUACAACAGUCAUCCCAGGAACUGAUGAAAAUAUAGACAAAUUGGUUCGGCAGCUUCAGAAAUUGAUUGAUCUUCACGAGGUCAAAGAUAUAACACACAUGCCGUUUGCGGAGCGAGAAUUGAUGCUCAUCAAAGUAGCUGCUCAUACUUCUGCAAGGAGAGAUGUUCUCGACAUCGCUCAUGUAUUCCGAGCUAAAGCAAUUGAUGUGUCUGAUCAUACUAUUACUCUUGAGGUUACGGGAGAUAUCAGAAAAAUGGCUGCGUUGCAAACGCAAUUAGAGGUCUACGGAAUCUGUGAGGUGGCUCGGACAGGAAGAGUGGCAUUGGUUAGAGAAUCUGGAGUGGAUUCGACUUAUCUCCGUGGAUACUCUCUUCCUUUGUAG